UCUUUCUAUCAUGUUUGACUUGUGAAAGGUGAAAAAAAAAAAUGUUCCUCUCCCCUGUUCUGCGGCGAUGGUGACGGGUUAGGGGUGUGAUGGUGGGGGAGAGACGGAAAGGGCUCGUGUUUUAUAAAAGCCAAGCUCCGGCUUGAGAGAAAGACAAAGAGACGCUUGCUUAUCACAACAGCGAGUCUUCGUGUCCGACUACCACUCAAGCAAGUAGCAAGACUAUUUUGUGUGGGGGAUUCAGAUCGCCUGAGUUUGUGCUGCGAGAUACUAAACCCCACAAGAAGGAAGCCAGAAGAUGACCUCCAGCCGGGUGUUAGUCGCUCUCCUUUGCUUCACCACAUGGGUGAGCGUCGUCCAGGCAACCCAUGCACCGAAGCCCAGCUGUAAAUGUCCGGGGUGGUCUACGAGAACAGUCAGCCUCAGACGUGUGGUGAAUUACACCCUACAGACCAAACGCGCCUGUGGCAUCAACGCCGUAGUGUUCAAUUACAGGCUCCAGGGAAUAGAAGAAGGCAAGAUUUGCUCGGACCCAAACAGCAACUGGGCUAAAAAAGUGAUUCGGAAGGUGAACAAGGAGAAAUUGAACCGCCUCACCAGCGCCGCCUCACCAGAGCCGCCUCACCAGCGCCGUCUCACCAGAGCCGCCUCACCAGCGCCGCCUCACCAGAGCCGCCUCACCAGCGCCGUCUCACCAGCGCCGCCUCACCAGCGCCGCCUCACCAGCGCCGCCUCACCAGAGCCGUCUCACCAGCUCCGCCUCACCAGCUCCGCCUCACCAGAGCCGCCUCACCAGCGCCGUCUCACCAGCGCCGCCUCACCAGCGCCGCCUCACCAGCGCCGCCUCACCAGAGCCGUCUCACCAGCUCCGCCUCACCAGCUCCGCCUCACCAGAGCCGCCUCACCAGCGCCGCCUCACCAGCGCCGUCUCACCAGCGCCGCCUCACCAGCGCCGCCUCACCAGAGCCGUCUCACCAGCUCCGCCUCACCAGCUCCGCCUCACCAGAGCCGCCUCACCAGAGCCGUCCCUUCCAUUGAAAACUAUGCCGCAGAAAGAAAUGCGGGAAAGGAAGGAGACGCCAGAAAAAAAGAGUCCAGGGAAGGAAGACAGUCCAAGACUUGAAUUGUGUUGAGGAACGAUUCAAGGUUCAUGUUCAGUUCAUGACUCUUUCCGCUUGUACUUGUCCAGCUUUAUUCUAUGAUUAUUACAAUUAAAUAAAAAACAGGGAUUAUUCAUAUAUUAUCUUAUGUAUUACAUAAUUUGCAGUCUUUAUUACAUAUUUUGUUGAUCUUGUUGUCAUAAACAUGCAUGUGUCAAAGAACAUAAAGUUUUCAAUUCCUU